AAUCAGCGAGCGCCGCCGCGGCCGUGCCGCAUCCCGGAAGUGCCGUACAGAGAUCCUGUCUUAAAGGGACCGCGCUGCGCUGCGCCCCAUGGCGAAGGCCGGGCACGGCUGGAGCGGCGCGGCGGCGGAGCGGAGCGAGGCGGAGGAGGGCGAGGACCCGCUGGACGCCAGGAUCGCGCGGAGCGGCUGCCUGGAGCAGCACCGGCAGCUGCAGGAGUGCAUGGCAGAGCGGCGGGACUGGCGGCACUGCCAGGAGCAGGUCCGCGCCUUCGGAGCCUGCAUGGCCCGGCGGCAGCAGCGGCAGCGCGGGCCCGGCCCGGCCCAGCUCCCGGACUGACACUGCCCGGACAAACAGACCCUUUCCGGCUUUAUUUUUGUCCAAUCGCUUGGAAAACCGGAUGGAAUUGUUAGGAAAUUAAAUUUGGAGUUUGUCA